AUGUUUCGCCAAAUACGGAUUGAUGAAAGAGACACACCACUUCAACGAAUCGUUUGGCGAUCGUCUCCAGACGCAACUUUAAACACGUAUGAGUUGAAGACCGUGACAUAUGGCACUGCUAGUGCACCCUUUCUGGCCACAAGGGUACUCCGUCAGCUUGCCGAUGACGAACAACACCGCUUUUCAGAGGCCGCCGACGUUCUACGCAAGGACUUUUACGUGGACGACCUGUUCUCCGGAAGUAAGACUGUGGAAGAGGCUAUCAGACUUCGUAACCAACUAGACUCUCUACUCUCUGUGGGAGGCUUUGAGCUACGUAAAUGGGCUUCAAACGUGGAGGAAGUCCUAGAAGGCGUGCCCCCAGAGCACCGAGCGUUAAAGACAUCAGUAGAUCUCGAUCGUGACGAAUGCAUCAAAAGUCUUGGGCUACAUUGGGAACCAGCAACCGACCAACUUCGUUACAAGAUCGACCUACCUUCGAGUAACGACACUCAGCUCACGAAGAGGAUCGCACUGUCCCAAAUUGCUCGUAUUUUUGAUCCACUUGGCCUAGUCGGACCCGUUAUAACAACGGCCAAGUUGUUUAUGCAGGCUCUAUGGACAUUGAAGGCUAACGAUGGAAACAUAUGCGGAUGGGACCAGGAACUUCCGCCUACCUACAAAGAACGAUGGUUCAAUUAUAUGUCUCAGUUGCCAUACCUAAAUGAUCUCCGCAUAGAACGAUACAUCCUUUGUUCGAAUCCUUCAUCCAUUCAGCUCCACUUUUUUUCUGACGCAUCUGAGAAUGCCUAUGGUGCUUGUUGCUAUAUCCGUUCAUCGAAUUCAAACGGAGAAACUAAAACCGCACUUCUUACGACAAAAUCAAAAGUUGCCCCGUUGAAGCAACAGAGCAUCCCGCGUCUCGAACUUUGUGGCGCGCUCCUUUCCGCGGAACUGUACGAGAAGGUAACCAGCUCACUGCAGAUCCCUACAGAUACCUACUUCUGGGUGGACUCGACGAUCGUUAUUUGCUGGCUUAACUCUACUCCGUCAACCUGGACCACUUUCGUUGCGAAUCGUGUCUCAAAAAUACAACUUGCCACAAAAAAAUGUACUUGGAACCAUGUUUCGGGACAACAAAAUCCUGCUGACCAUAUUCUCGUGGUUUGUCUGCUGAGAAUCUACUCCACGACGAGCUUUGGUGGAGGGGCCCACACUGAACCAUCGUUCAUUGAUGAUUUAGCCACCAAGUUCUCAAGUUACCAUAAAAUGCUACGGGUGGUGGCUUACUGUCGACGUUUCAUUCAUCACUGCCAGGGAAGAUCGAGACCAUCCAGAACAGUCAUCACUGCAGAAGAACAACAGGCAGCGGAAAUGAACCUGAUACGAUUGGUGCAGCAACAAUCAUUCACCGCCGAAUGGAACCAGUUGGAACGGUCCCAACCAGUUGGCCUGAAAUCCCGUAUUCGCUGGUGUCACCCAUUCAUUUCGGUCGACAAGAUAAUUCGAAUCGAUGGUAGACUAAAAAACGCGCAACAACCCUAUGACAGUAAACACCAAAUCUUACUACCAUCCGCCCACGCCUUUUCAAAUCUUCUCGUACGGCACCUACACGAAACAAAUCUUCAUGCUGCACCGCAAAUGCUACUCAAUAUCCUUCGUUUGCGUUAUUGGAUUACUGGGGCCAGAAGUCUGGCUCGAAAGAUCGUUCAAAACUGCAUUGCAUGCGCCAAAAUGAGACCAAAACUUGUUCAGCAAUUCAUGUCUGAGCUUCCAAAGGAAAGAAUCACUGCCGCUCGUCCGUUCACCAUCACAGGAGCCGACUAUUGGGGGCCAAUCUUGUUAAAACCAAUUCAUCGUAGAGCAGAACCGGGAAAGGCAUACGUGGCAGUCUUCGUCUGCUUCGCAACAAAGGCUGUGCACCUCGAGCUGGUGGGGGAUUUAAGCACUAGUAAAUUUAUUCAGGCACUCCGUCGUUUUGUAGCCCGACGUGGGCUGUGUGAUGAAAUUUUCAGCGAUAACGGCAAGAACUUUGUUGGUGCAGCAAACGAACUACGUCGAAUCGUCCGGAGCGAUCAGCACCAACAAUCGAUUGUGGAAGAAUGUGCUGCUAAGGGAAUACGAUGGCGUUUCAACCCUCCCAAGGCCUCACAUUUUCGAGGACUGUGGGAAGCAGCAAAACAGUCUGCACAAAGCACUUUUCCAGAGUUUUAG